AUGACUCUACUGCUGACCCACUCCCAGACUGAAGGUGGUGGUUCAGUCCUGGCAGCCCACCUGUUGCUGGAACAGCAGGUGGGAGCCGUGGUGGGGAGUGCCAGAUGUGACCGCUCUGGAGCCAGAUGGGCUGGCUGUAGUUGCACCCUCGUUGCCUCGGAUGUGGACUUCUGCCAGACGCACACGGGUGCCUUGGAAGACGAGUCUGAGCCCCACUUGGUGCCAAACACGGCAGCCCAGUGGCAAACCGCUGCUUCAGUCACCACUGGUUCUCUGUUUCUGGAAGGGGAUGAAGACGAGGACACCUGCACCAUCGCACAGGCUGAUAUCGCUGCCGCAGUGGACCUUGCAGCCAGUGCCAAGCGCUUUGAGUUGCAGCUGGACCGUUUUGGCCCCUACCGGCUGAGUUACACACGGAAUGGCAGGCAUCUCCUCCUUGGGGGGCGCCGGGGCCAUGUGGCAGCUCUGGACUGGCACACAAAGUCCCUGAUGUGCGAGAUCAACGUUAUGGAGACUGUCACGGAUCUCACGUGGCUGCACACCGAGACCAUGUUUGCCGUGGCCCAGCGCAAGUGGCUGUACAUUUAUGACAACCAGGGGGUGGAACUGAACUGCCUGAAACGCUUCCAUGCCGUCCAAAGGAUGGAGUUCCUCCCAUACCACUUCCUGCUGGCCACAGCGAGCGAGACAGGGUUCCUGCAGUAUCUAGACAUCUCAGUGGGGAAGGAGGUGGGCACCAUCUGCACCAAGGCAGGCCGGCUGGCGGCGAUGGCCCAGAACCCCUCGAAUGCCGUCAUCCACCUGGGACACAGCAGCGGAACAGUGACACUCUGGAGCCCCAGUGCCAAGGCACCGCUGGUCAGGAUGCUAUGCCACCGGGGGGCCGUGAGGGCCGUGGCGGUUGACACCUCUGGGAGCUACAUGGCCACUUCAGGACUGGAUCACAAGCUGCAUGUUUACGACCUCCGGGCGUAUCGGCGCCUCCACUCCCUGCUGCUGCCCUGUGGGGCUGGGCUGCUGGAUUUCAGCCAGCGGGGACUCCUGGGGGCCGCCUGCCAGGAGGUGGUCCAGGUGUACAAGGAUGUCUCGGUCUGCCCGUCCCAGAAGCCCUACGUGUGCCACGCGCUGCCCAGCCCCUCCCACAGCCUGCGCUUCUGCCCCUUUGAGGACGUGCUGGGCGUGGGACACGGGCAGGGCUUUGCCAGCCUCCUCGUCCCAGGUGCUGGGGAGCCAAACUUCGACGCCUUGGAGAACAACCCCUUCCGGAGCCGGAAGCAGAGGCAGGAGUGGGAGGUCAAAGCUUUCCUGGAGAAGAUCCCAUCGGAGCUGAUUUCCCUGGACCCCAGACAGCUGGGCCAGGUGGACACUGUUUCCCUGGAACAGCAGCACAAGGAGCGUGCAGAGAGGCUGGGCUACGACCCCGAGGCCAAGGAGCCCUUCUCCCCUCGGCGGAGGCUGAAAGGCCGGGACUCGGCCAGCAGGCGGCUGAAGCGAAGGAAGGAGGUGGCAGCUGAGGAGCAGCGGGCCCUGAUUCGGAAGAGCUUGGCUGCCAAGGCAGAGGCCCAGCCAGCCCCCUCCAAGGCUGGAGCCCCUGCAGCCUGCAGGUCAGCGCUGGAUCGCUUCCAGAAAUAGCGGGUGAAGAAGGCCGGCAGGGCUCCCAGGCGUCCCCACAGCGCGCAGGAGGAUUGGGAGCUUUUCUGCCAGCCGAGCUGCCUGUACGGCCCAGCCCUGGCCUUGCGCUGGGGCACCUUCUGGUCCCAUGGACCUUCCCUGAAAUUCUCAUGGUUUCUUUGGACUUGGAGUGCUGAGUAAAUACACCGUGGUGAUCUGUGGACGCCUUGUG